AUGGCUAUAGUUAUCCGGCAAAAUGUAAACCAACUUUUGUGUGAUAAUACAAACAAUCAUCCUCAAAAUAAUUAUUGUACUUACAAUGAUGGUAAUAAUGACUUGGAUGACGUUAAACAGUUUCUGGACAUAAAUCUAGGAAAAUUCUUUUUUUCCUGUAAUAUUCCGUUUAGAGUUGUAGAAAAUAAGUAUUUUGUCGAUUUUAUCGUAUCAUUAACCAAAUGCGGUAUCUCCUACAAGCCACCAUCUAGAAAAUUUUUAGCUAGCACGGUACUACGUAAAGUUCAUGAAAAAAUUGAGUUAGAAAGACAAAAUCACCUCCAAGGAACUCCAAGUGUUCUGCUCAUUGAUGAUUGGAGAAACAAAUCUGUGAAUAGAAAAUUUUUGGUUAGUACUGUUCGAAACAAAAAUGUCCAUCAAACGUUUUUAACUUUUUCUGACAUAUCGACGGAUAAAGAAGAUGGAGAAUUUUUAUCAGACUUUAUAGAAGAAGCUAUUGUAAUAGCAAAAGAAAAAUAUAAUACUGAUAUUUACGCAAUUGUUAGUGACAACGAUAGCAAAAUUGUUCGUGGAGGUAGACUUGCUCGAACGGUUGAAAGGAAAGAAUUGUGGCAAUCAACUUGCGCAAGCCAUAGUGGAAACCUUUUACUCAAAAGUAUCGUGGAUAAUGUUUUGUUAGAACAGAUUCGUGGAACUGAAUUAAAAAAUUACCCUGACAAGAGGUUUGGUUAUGUAAGGGACUCUUGUGUUAGUAUUAUAAGAAAUAUAGAAUUAUUACGACAAAUUUCCGAGUUUCCAGAUGUGAAUAUUAAUGAUAACAUAGUAGAGUUAUUGCACUCUGAGAAUUUUGAAAGAAAAUUGAGAGAAACCAUUGAAAAUUUAGAUCCAAUCUAUUCUUACAAUCCAAAGAAUUAA